UCAGACGGGAGCACACACACAGCCACACAUGCACAGGAUGCAAACAGAGUGCAGCCCAGGACCAAGAUAGACAACCGAGAGAGAGAGAGAGAGAAAUCCUCUUCUCUACCACUGAGUUUAGUGUGAGGAGGUUCAAGCAAUGUAUUCUGACUGAGUGGACUGCAUUUCAUACCAUGGGAAGACAAACUGAAAUAGAAGAAGAAACCAACAAACACUAUCUGUAAAGGACCACAUUUCAUACUGGAUUAUUGGGCUUUCCUCUCUCAAUCUUUGGCAUGGUGAUGUCCUAGAUUACCAGCACUGAAUUGAAGAGGCUGCUUGUUCUGGACCACAGUGGACUUUGAGGGUCAUUCUUUGAGUGUGAGUGAGUGUGUGUGUGUGAGCGGGAUCAUGUCAAAAGGACAUUUCACUCGCCUGUUGAGGGGACUUUGGGUACUGUGGCUGUGGCAAGCUGAUCUUGUGUCGGGUAGUAAGCUCUGGGAGGUACCCAUAGCCCUCUUUGGAUCUUUCUCCAACCACACGACUAGCCUGGAAUGGGAGCCACAGUGUCAGUAUCCCCACCUGCAGGACGGCAUCAGAAUCACAGCCGACAUUCCCCCAAGACUGGAGGGCAGCUGGGUGUCAACAAGAUGCGAAGUUCGGCCUGGACCUGAGUUCCUGACCCGUUCCUACACCUUCUACCCAAGCCACCUGUUCAAAGCCCUGCAACACUACUACACUGACAGUGGGUGCGAGGAGCCCGCAUACUCUCUGGUGGUCCGGGGCAAGCUCCGUCUGCGCCAGGCUUCCUGGAUCACCCGUGGUGCCACCAAGACGGAGCACCACCUCCACAAAGUGGGCAUUGUCAUCCACAGCCCAGGCGCAAUGCACCAGCUGGCAGCCCGUCUACCCUCCGUGUGUGUAGGCCUCACCUUGGGUGGCAUGGUACCCGGGCGCCUGUACGAGCUGUACAAUGCCCGGGCAGGGAGGGACUGUCUGGGUGCCUCAGGGUACUCGAUGAUGGAGUUGGGCUUGGUGAGAGUGGAGACCCAGCAUCAGCCCCAUGGAGGUCUGGUUCAGGAGCUCUUCCUUGGGGACGUGCACACAGACUGGACCCAGAGGACAUACUAUCGACCAAUGGGCUACCAACAGCCACUGCAGAAUGCUAUGCACCACAUCCACCCCUGCCCAGCGUGCGCCUUGCUGUUCCGGGCCUCAGAACAGCGCCCCCCCGUGUUACCCCAUGUCCCUGCAGCAACGCCUCUGUCCUUGAACGGCCGAUGGGUGAGCCAACGUUGCGAAGCCCGGCCCGCCGUCCUCUUCCUCACCCGAGACUUCACCUUCCGCCCAGAUGAGCAUUCCUGGGAAGGCCUCUACCGCCACUACUCGGAACCCACUUGCAGCCAGCCCACCUUCACCCUGCGGGCUUCAGGCCACUACGCCCAGGGAGGCCCCUCAGCCAAAGUGGCGGGAGGGACUGAGUUCGUCUUCAAGGUAACCCGGGCCAGAGUCACCGUUCUGGAAGGGGCCACGGCCAGGGUGCUCAACGAGACUAGGCGGGGCAGCUGCGGGAAGGCGGGGGGGUGGGAGGUGGGAGUGGAGCAGGACGUGACCCCCACGGAUGGGUGUACCGUCCUGGGGAUCAAGCUGCCGCACAAGGAGUAUGAGCUGUUCAAGACGGAGCUGGACCAUCGACGGCGCACUCUGCUGUUCAUCGGGGAGAGGCCGACGGAUGGCUCCAGCCCUGACCGGCCCCAGAAGAGGCCCACGUCUUACCAGGCCGCCCUGGUGCAUUGUUGCGAGGAAGACACCCCCACGUCGCAACGCCACACCAACCAGCUCAAGCUACUAGCUAGUGGAACCAAUAACCUACCACAGCUCCCUUUCUUUGUCCUAGUACUGGUCUCUUUACUGUGGGGUUGGUACUGUGUGUUCUAGAGACAAACUCAACAUUGGAGAAGAACACACAAAUGAUGGUGGAGCUGCUCGUGGUCUAUAAGGAAACUCCAUGUGCUCCUCCUCAAUAUCAAGAUAAUGCCAGACCACAUAAUAGAUGGCCAAAGCCAUCUUCAAGAAAACUGUACAUAGACUGUCAGUGUAUCCAUGUUGCAUAUCUAUCAUAUUAUAUGUGUCUCAUUUUGUUUUCUUUUAAACCGGAGAUGCCUUUUGGCAAAUGUUUAAGUCACAUAAGCGUUCCUUUUCUAAAGAGUGGCAGAUUCAGACUUAGGAAAGACGUGCGUUUCCUAUGUACUUCUCAGUAUUUGGUAUUCAGACUUACCUUAUUCCGUCACGUAACGCUCUCUGCAGGUGUGGCUACCUUCCGCGCUCCCAAUAAAUGUAAUUAAUCCAGUGAAAACCCUCCCCUCUUGCUGGCCAACAGAUUUUCUCAUGGAAUUUUCAUUCAAUAGGGUUUUCACAUAGAGAAUGAUAGAGGCUUCUAGCUGCCAAAAGGCCAUAUAAGCAUGGGCAGCACCAUUGAGGGCUUCCACCAUUUUAAUGUAGUCAACUUGGUGGGACUUCCAACUUCAUUGGCUGAUCCCUCCUGAUGACCCUGUUAGAGUUAUGUCCAACCAGGUCAUCAGGAGGGAUCAGCCAAUCAUAAAGAAGAAAAUAGACUGCUUCGAAACGGAGCCGCCCAUGCUCAAAUCAAAUCACAUUUUAUUUGUCACAUACACAUGGUUAGCAGAUGUUAAUGCGAGUGUAGCGAAAGGCUUGUAAAACAUGCUAUCACAGACACUAUGAUGGCACAGAUAAAAAGAUGAGUUGUCUAUCUAUCUCUAUGGGUUUUCAGUACAUUUAUGUUAAGCCAUUCCCAGGGUUGGAGAGUAACGGAUUACAUGGGGAUUACUAAAAACGAUAACUGUAAUCCAUUACGUUACCAUCAAAAAAUAUUGUAAUCAGAUUACAGAUACUUUUGAAAAACUAGAUGAUUACUUCGAGGAUUACUUUUAAAUUCAGAAAGGAUGUUUGCGGAAAAAUCUUUGACACUCAUCUGUUCGCUCAAUGACAUUCAAAUCAGCAUUGAAAAAAGGCACUAGUUUAGAUUUGUUCCACCUGAGCUAGUCUGACCACAAGUCAGAGACCACUAUGAUGACACACCAAACGUAUUUGAUGGAUGGCGGGAAAAGAGAAGGAAUAGGCUUUUGUAGGCUACAGUCCAAGCUAUGUCUUACAAUGGUUUGACUGCUGUCGGCAUCUAAAGAUUAUCCAACUUGAAAAAAUGCUUGGAGGUAAGGAUGACAGCAGUGGUUUAGUCUACGGCGAUACGAAUAUAACUUAUUAUUGAUAUCUACAUAAUGCAUUGAUGUGAAUCACACUGCUGCUCUCUCAUUUAGCUAUUGGCGCCGUACGGAUUGUGGUUGUUGUGGAUGGCUGUUCACAAAUCUAAAUGUGUAUUUGAACCCAAUAAUGGUUGAAUUCUAGAAGUUUAAGCUGCCUAUCAAUCAUUAUUUUUUAAACCAGUGGACAGCCAGUAAAAAAUGCGCUCGAGCAACAGCUGCACAGUGCGGAUCCAAGCCUAUGGAAUACAAGUGGGGCUUUUUUUCUUCAGUAGUGCUCAAAGCAUGCCAUUCCAUGAGCGCUGCAUUUAUUUUUCAACUCGAAUCAAUGAGCCCAAUCAGUCCUCCAUGAAAACAAAAUCAUAAACAACAGUGUUGAGCUAGCUAAUAAAUCCUUAGUUUUGGGGUCAUGCACAGGUAAAACAAUUUGGCUAAUCUAGAUUUCCAUAUUUCCAAGUCCUAUUCUUGAAGAUUAAUUAAGUAUAACACUUAUUGGAAUAACUUUUUAAUGUAAAGAUUUAAUCAUAUUAUUAUAUGUAGUAGAAAGCGAUGGGUUAUAAGAAACCUACAUAACCAACCCAUAAAGUAAAAUGUAACAUUCAUAUAUGGCCAGCUAUGUAAACUUUAACAUUGAUUUAUCCUGCAAAAGAUGUUGUUCAAUUGGUAUCAUACAUUUUUGUCUUCUUCAAAUGCCUCUUAAGGGGAAAGUGAUCUAAAAGUAACACUGUUUGAGUUUGGGUAAUCCAAAAGUUAUGUUACUGAUUACAAAUUUGGAUAGAUAACUAGUAACAGUAAUGGAUUACAAUUAGAAAGUAACCUACCCAACCCUGGCCAUCCCUUUAAAUAGGGUGUACCUUUUAGUCCGAAUUUUGUCAACAGAACAUAUUGCGAGAACGGGCUCUGAAUAUUAGUGAUCAAUGAGAAAGCCAUCUAAAUACAUGCAUAUUCAUAUCCGUUUCAGCAGCAAUUGGUAGACUGAAAAUAUUCUGAUUUUGUAGAUUAUUUAGGUUUAGAAAAUAAUCUAUGAAUAAUUAAAAAACAGGUUUGGAGAGCCUUUAUGCACAAAAUACAGUACCAGUCAAAAGUUACUUUGAAGAAUAUAAAAUAAAUUUUGAUUUGUUUAACACUUUUUUCAUUACUACAUGACUCCUUCCAUAUGUGUUAUUUCCUAGUUUGAUGUCUUCACUAUUAUUUUACAAUGUAGAAAAUAGUCAAAAUAAAGAAAAACCCUUAAGUAGGUGUGUCCAAACUUUUGACUGGAACUGUAUAUUGAUUGGUAAAAUGUAGAAUGGUUUGGUUCAUCCUGAAAGUUGCCACAUUCAUAUCUUCAACCCAUGUUAAUGUUGGAAGAUUAGUGUACAUAUAAUUAUAUUAGGGAGAAUACUGUACAAUAGUAGGCUAUACCCUCGUAUAUUGCCUGUAUUAACCUGUAACGGCGUUCUUCGUUUGUGGAAAGAGAGUCGGACCGAAAUGCAGCGUAGUGGUUACUCAUGUCUUUAAUGAAAGGAAAAAAGCGAUACAUGAAAUAACUAUACAAAUAUGAAAACAACAAACGGAACGUGAAACCUAUUACAGCCUAUCUGGUGAAACUACACAGAGACAGGAACAAUCACCCACAAAAUACAAAGCGAAACCAGGCUUCCUAAAUACGGUUCCCAAUCAGAGACAACGAGAAUCACCUGACUCUGAUUGAGAACCGCCUCAGGCAGCCAAGC